AACCAAACGACACCGUUUCCAGUUCAAACAAAAACCACCAAAACCCAAAAAAAAAAAACACCAUUUCGUUGAAAUUAAGAAUCGCCGUCUCUGUCUCUUUUCUUUCGUAAGAUUCUUGUCCAAAAUCUCAGAGAAGUGAAUCCAAGAAACAAACAAUGAUGAUGAUGAGACAUAGUUGUUGUGUCAUGGUGAUUGUUUUGAUUGGGAUGUUGUUGAAUUGGAAAGAAACAGAAGGGAUAAGAUUUGUGAUAGAUAGAGAUGAAUGUUUCUCACAUGAUGUUAAGUAUGAAGGUGACACUGUUCAUGUUUCUUUUGUUGUUAUUAAGGCUGAUUCUCCUUGGCAUUAUGGUGAUGAAGGUGUAGAUCUUGUGGUAAAGGGGCCGGCUGGUGAACAAAUUCAAGAUUUUCGUGACAAGACCAGUGAUAAAUUUGAAUUUGUUGCUCACAAACCAGGAGUUCAUAAGUUCUGUUUCACCAACAAAUCUCCUUAUCAUGAGACCAUCGAUUUUGAUGUCCAUGUUGGUCACUUCUCUUACUUCGAGCAACAUGCCAAAGAUGAGCAUUUCAACCCUUUGCUAGAGCAGAUAGCAAAGUUGGAAGAAGCUCUUUACAAUAUUCAGUUUGAACAACAUUGGUUAGAAGCUCAAACCGACCGCCAAGCAAUAGUGAAUGAUGGGAUGAGCCGAAGAGCAGUACACAAAGCAAUCUUUGAAUCAGCAGCACUGAUUGGAGCUAGUGCACUGCAAGUUUAUCUUCUGCGACGCUUGUUUGAGCGAAAGUUGGGAACCUCAAGAGUUUAGAGUUAGGACAUGUUCUGUGAACUGUAACAUUAUGAAUGCCAGUGUCAUUUUAAACUUUUUUUCAUUCUCAUCACAUGGAUAUUUAUAUUGGUUCACUUUACUCACAAUAUACUUGCGGAAAGAUGUUAUUUAUUGUUAAUUACAGUUGAUUUCCGAUGAGAAAAUACAAAAUGACUGCCCAUGUAGGCCUACAAUUA